AUGGGAAAUUUCAUUGGCAACGCUAGAAUAUUACCAGUAACUAUAACUCCGUCUUUGGCUCCGAUUAGGAGAUCAACCUGUAAAUAAUCUAUCGAUGAAACUCAAAGAAAUUUGUCCCUUUCGAAUUUGACGUGGUCAACACGAGUUUCGAUAUUAAUCUGUUGUCAAUACCUUCCUGAAAGUGAAGGGAAGUUUUCCGUUUUACCGAGUUCAUGCACUCAACAUCAUGCGCGAUCGAUGCCAGAUCCUUCAAUUAAACUUGAAUUCGUUACUGAUCGAGAUUUCCAAGCGGAGCUCGGCAAUCCCUCGACAGAAUACCACGGGAAAAGACGCAUUUUAUUUAAAAACGAGCAAGUAGCUGGGAACUUGAAAAAAUAAUUGAAGAACUAGUUCAGAAUUUUAACGUUAGACCUUCUUACGGUGCCUUCACCCUUUAACUCCCAAGAUCUCAUUAGUAAUUUUCCUUACUGUCUGCCAAACGAUUCUCAUUAUGUUAGUUUAGAGAAUUUAGUAUCGAAUCAAUUUGUAAUCAUUCAAUACAUUCUCGUCACUUGUCUGCAUGAUACUGUAUGGAUAUAGUAAGGGGAAAUUCUGUCUUGGUCACUCACGGGAGUUAAAGGGUUAACCACGGCGCUGCGUUACAAGCCAAUCCAGCAUACUUAUACGAUCGGUAAUCCGUACUAGCUUGAAUAUUCGUCGGAAACGUUCCAACGUUCCAGCGUUCCAAGGGGGGGGGAAGGGGGAAGGGGAUGGGAGAGUUUCUAAGAACCUUACUGAGGGGAGUGGGAGCGCCCGCUUCCUCACAUGUAGUUGCGGCCUGAGUUCUACCCCCGAUUCUGUCGAUACAUGUGGGUUGAUUUGGUUGCUGGUUUUUUCCUUUUGCUCUCAUCAACUUUCUCCUAAUAUUGAUAACAUCAAUGUCAUUUUUAGCAUUAUUCAGAAGACCUAAGAAUUCAUGUGAAGAAAAUAACUUCGAUUCCUCUUGGAGAUGAGGUCGAAAAAAUACGCAACAAAGGACGUCUCAGUGAACACGACCGAGCAAGUAUCAAAUUCCUAAAAGCGGCCAUCCAUUUCAUACCUAUGGCAAAAGAAGAUGGAGCUGAUUUUGAAAAUGCCGCUUUCAUACUUACCCACCCAGGCAGGCAGUUUGUUGUUAUAGCAGGAAAGGGUGACUGGGAGUAUUACUUUUCCGAGGAUAAAAUCGGCGACAUAACCGGUCGAUGUGUCCGCAGACCCUGGCUGAUGUACCUCUGGAACAAAGUCACAUCUAGUUUUUCUCGUAUCGCCACGUUGUUGUCUGUUGCUGGACUAGCCCUCAAGGCCUUAAUGCCUGCUCAAGAGUGAUCCUUUAGAACUAAAUAUCGGUGUUUUGUCUCAUUUGGUCGUGCAUUUUAGAGCGCAAAACAUUCUAGCUAAGGGUACCGGUUUAGUUAAUUUCUUUGCGAUACACAGAACGGAAGUUGCCUUCUUAGUUCCCGCCGGAUUGCUUUGUUCUGAAAGCCGCUCUUGUAGAUUAAAUUGUUAAGUACUGAUAAGUAAAUGCAGGGAGAUUUUGGACGCGACCUCGCUUUGAAAAGGCCUCAAUGGAAAAAGAGAGUGUUGUGAAGUGUUGUUACGAUUCAAGGUUAUUCAAAGGUUAACAUUCAAAGAUUGUGUUAGUCUUACCCCUUUGGGAUAGUUUUCCGUGUUGUCUUUCUCCUCUAGUUGUGCAAUUACUCGAACAUGAAAUUUUGUUUCUGGACUGGUCGUGUUGAGUACUUGACUUUAUUUUGAGUUUUCAAAAAUUCCAAUCGUUGUGAGUCUUAUCAGAUUCAGAAAUCCGGAAGGUUGAACGCGAAAUUUUUUCGUUAAAAAUAGUUUGUGCUGACUAUUUUUGAGACUUGUUUCUCGAAAAAUGGCGUUCGUCGGUGGUCAUGUUUGGAUAUCCUUAGUGGACUUGUAUAAAAAAUACAUUUGACCGGUUUGAACAAGAGAUUUAACUCUGCAAAGACAGUCAGCUCAUUACCCACACUCCCACCAAUAGGGUACUUAAGAGCGUGCACUAGAGCGAGUAAAAGAGAGACAAGUUAGUUAGGCAUAGAAAGUAAAAUAAAGUAGAAGAGAACUAAGAGUAUUGGUGCCUCUUGCUUAUGUGGGUCUUCUCAAAAGCUAGUUUUCCCUGUCAUUGCAUCUUUACAGAAGGUUAUACAAUGGACAACUGACGAAGUUACUCAGACACCCAACUACGAGAAUGUUGCCAAAGUCGAAAUAAAAAUGAAGAAAGUUUUGAAACAAAAAAGUGAGACGUAAACAUAUUUUUACAUUGUUUACGCUAAUUUAUUUGAUUAUUCAUCGCGAGAAAUGUAUAGAAAAUCCCUGCAUUCAAUGAUGUAUGGUUCUAACAUUUUUCUUACUUAACCCUUUAACUCCCAUGAGUGACCAAGAGAGAAUUUCUCCUUAACAAAUCAAUGCAAUAUCAAACAGUAGAGUGAUGAGAAAAGAAAUGUAUCAGCUAGGAGAUUAUUAGUUGAUCCAAUACCAAAUUCUCAGCGCUAACAUCAUAAGAAUUGUAUGGCAGACAGCAAGGAGAUGGAAACACUGAAGUACUGAGGAAUUCCAAACAAAAAAUUGUUUCAGUUGAUCUCAUAGCCUUUGUUACCUAUUCUGUUCUUUUGACUUUUUUUUUAAUUUUAUUUUUGGUAUAACAGGAAACGCAAAGUUACUAUGAUAGAAAUUCAGUUAAAUUAUUCCCUAACUUAACACGCAUAUUAUUAGAUGACAUAUCAAUAUCACAGGUGAAGAGUAAGACUUCUGGCCGUAAGGUUUUGGACUGGAAAGUUGUUUAUUAUUAUGUUGAAGAGUCAGAGUACUCCUCGAAUCGAAAAGAUAGAUACAAGUUUAAAGGAAAGCUUUAGACUGCUAAAAGGGCAUUAAUUGUGAAUAAAAUGAAUACACCUUUCAUGGGAAAGGCGAAGGAUUACUAGCCAAAGGCUAGAUAUGGCUAGAUAGGUAUGGAUAUGUUCCUGACAACGGUAUUAAAUUUAAUAAAUCUUGACAUAUAACAAACUCAAAUUGUCUGAUAGAUUAUGGAGUUAUUUGUCACCCAUAGUAUCAAGCUAGUAACAGAAUCUUCCUAUUUCUUGAUUUUCAUCUUUUUCUCCGUCGAGAUGUAGCAGGACAGAGAUUUUUCUAAGCGGCAGACGGCAAACCAUUUAUUCGUUCUGGUGCUUUUCUGGGUCUACCGUUUCGAUUAGCAGGGCCAGACGUACUGUCAGGGAACUGCAUUUUUUAGAUCUUAUAAAAAAAGAACCUAAAUGAAAUCCAGCCUAAAUGAAAAACUCUCCUCCUGGUUGUAAAAAAAUGAAUUCACCAUUUGAAAGAUCUGCUCCCAUGUUGGUUGCCUCUGAGGUGUACGAGAUGGUAGCUUGCUUUUCCUCGAGAUCAUUAUGCUGUCCUUCGUUUCCACAUCGUUUGAUAAUCUUUCUUCCGAGGAACAUCCACCCAAUCUCUUAAACGUAGGAGAUCCUGGUACUUGGAUUAUCCUGAAAAAGAAAAAUGAAUGGAAUGUCAUUGUAGGCGAUCUAUAGGGAAGCAUUUUAUCGCUAUCAUCAUUGUCAUCAUCUUGAAGGUCAGUAUUUAAGAACCGGGCAGCAUAACCUUACCUCAAAUUCCGAGGAACACCUCCCCCCACCCCCCCCUACUCCCGAGUCUGCUGUGGAUUUCAAUCACAGAAAAAUAGUGAUAUAAUACAUAUUUCAAAUCAUCAUUUUCUAAACCCGUGUUCAGGCCCUCUGCAAUCAAAAAUUAGAAAUUUUGACCCAAAACUAUGCUAGCAGGAUAGAUUUAGUAAGUUCGCUUCCUCCGUUUAUUAUUUGGAGAUAUGUCAAUUUGGCAUAGCUGCAAUUACCUCUUUGCUGUGGCCAACUUCAAACAUGCGUCUGAUUGUGCCUUUAGGAUGAGCGGCGCAUUGCCAACACCUUCGCAAUGACAACUGAUUGAUUUUUCAAUCUUCAUCUUCAAAAAUUGUCCUAAUAGCUAAUUAGCAAUCACGAGGUAUUUCACGUUUUAUAACCAAUUUUUUGAAGUUUUGCAGUUUUGGAGGAUUUUUUACUACGGUUUGCGAGUUCUAAUAGACCCCAAUGCCCCCCUCUAUUUAAUAUCUAAAGCAAAUAUCUCUUUUGAAUGUAAAUGGGGACGUCUUUAGUUGGCACUAAUCAUAAGACUUGAGGCAUCAGUUGAGUAAGUUUUACAAGUUUCUUCGUCCGUCACCUUAGGAGGUGUAACAUUGGACGUGGGUUCCUGAACUUCACAGGUCAGGGCUAAUGGUCCACGAACGACGGUAUUUGGUGACUGUGACCACCAAGAGAAAAGGUUUCUGAAAUAGGAAUUGCAGUCUUUUCUGCUUGAAAACUGUUUGGGACCCUCACGAACACAGCGGCCAUGUACAACAUCUUUUGCGUCCUCUGAAAAGAAAAACUCCCAAUCUCCAUUUCCAGCUUGAAUGAUAAACUCUUUCCCUGGCUGCGAUAUAAUGAAGGCAGCGUUUGUUAGAUCAGCGCACUUGUCAUUUGCGUUCGAGAUGAAUGAGAUGGCAGCACGCAGAAAUUUUAAGGUUGUCUGGUCAUCUUCAUUGAGAUUUCCAUGCUGUCCUUCGAUUCCGCAUCGCUUUACGAUCUCUUUUCCGAGAACUGUUGAUGAUAUUUUAUCAACUCUAACAAUCAUGUUGCUUGGGUAAUCCUGGAAUGUAAAAAGCGAAUAAAAAUGCUUUUAGUAGCUUGCAAGAUUCUCAGGAAACUCUGACUCCAUCUUCCCCCAGCUUUACAACCCUUAGGAUUAUGUCAGGAUCAUAAUCGGUCGAUGUGACCGCAAGCCUUUCUAGUACUGUUUGAGACGAGAUCAAAUUCACUUUUUAUAAAAUCCCCGAGUACUUGUCAUCUACACUUUCAAUUGUCGGAGGAGUUACAUCUUUAAAGAAUGCUUUGGGGCUCUCUUGAACUGUUAAAGUAAGUAGCUGCAUACAUAGACGGAUAAACAUUUCUCAUAAGUUCGUCGGACUCGUUAAUUGAACUAUAUGGCUAUUUAAUGAUACACACUGCCACGAACUGCUCUAAUUGCGAGAAAACAGUAGUUUGUGGCCCGUAAGAAGAUGUGUACGAACCGCCAUGACACUGAAAGCUUGCAUGUCGGGCUUGACACUAAUGACCAUUUAAUAAAAAAAGCUAAUGAAUUUCGAUGCAAGGCUCAGCAUUCUGCGAGAUAGCAUCCCUGAAAAUUGUUUCUUGUUGUAAUUUUUGUUUAAACACAAAAUUCAAACAUAACAUUUAAAAUACAGCAUGAUAUUUCAAAGGUUUUCAAAUACAGUGUUUUAUGUGAGUACAUAAUCAUCACUCCUUUAACUAAACUGGCGUCAUUUUGAUGAAAUAUAGAAUAUUUUUUGUAAAAAUAAUGAAACAUUAAAAAACGCUCUCAGUUUGCCUUAAAAUUUCAGAAGUCGUAUUUCUGAGGUUUUUGAAUAUCGAAAUUUUCCGAAAGAGAAAUGUGUUUCUCUUCCCCUACCUCCCUUACUGGCAACCGUCUUCAGAGAUUACUCGAAUACAUUUAAACCAAAUAUUAGAUUCACCAGUAGAUUCGCUAUUCAUCAGUAAAAUGUCAGAUUAUUUCAUAUGCGACGGUAACUUUAACAAUUUGCCUUUACAUUUUCACAGUUUAUAUGCUGUAAUCUCGCUUUUAAAGGUCCUGUUGUGAUAAAUCUUGCUCUAACGAUGUGUUAGUAACUAUGUGUCCUCUUGUAGUCCGAAAAAAUAUGAAAAACACGGCCUUUGAAGUCAAUACAAUCGUAACUCUGUAACCUCUAAGUCUGACUAAGAUGCAAAUUUUCUCACCAAUGUCAUUCUUGAAUUGUUACUUCCCAUCGUCUUACUUUAUUCCAGCUCGCUCAGGGAAGGAACAGGUUUACUAAAUAUUUAGUGGAAGACAUUUCCCAAUCUUGCCGCACAAGGCCGAGUAGUUUUUAAGUAUAGGGCCGAAUAAGUCGUUCGCUUUAUUUAUCGCUCGUUCGUUGUGGGGAAUUUUCCCUAAUGGAGAACCCGAUAUGGAUUGAUGAAUACUAUGUGUCCCUUGCAUAGAAGGGAAACCCCCCUGACAAUGAGUCAUCUUUUGUCCUUUGUUUCAUUGGAGAACCCGCAUUAGGGAAAAAACCCGAGAGAUGCAGGCGCCGGAAGGCUCCUGCUUAUGUUUCUUGAUAGUUGCACCGAAGACUUUACAUAGGAAUUCUGACAGAAAUUCAUUUUAAGUUAUGCGCUUUCCAAACGCCUCGAAAAUAUUUCAUUAGCAGAUUUUUUUUUCAAAAUAAAUUUAUCACAUGCUGGGAAUUUUCCCUUACGCUGAACUUUGACAUUUUUUGUCUUCUUUGCGUGGUUAGGAAUGCCACAUGACAAUAAGUCAUCAAAACAAAAUUUUCCAUGGCCAAUCAAAAUUGAAAGCAAUUAUGAUGGGGAAAAACCCUGAUAACCACAAAAGAGGCAAACACGCUAGCUGCCUCAGUAGUGUUAAGGUUGUCUGACUUGACUCCAUAAACUACGGACAGCUUCUCUCAUCACAAAGUCGUGAUUCUCGCAAGGAUUUGGCCGAGCUAUUUGUCAUGAGUUAACUGGACACGGCUAUGGGAAAUUUCUUUGGCAACGCUAGAAUAUUACCAGUAAGUAUAACUCUGUCUUAGGCUUCGAUCAAGAGAUCAAACUUUAAAUAAUAUAUUGAUGAAACUCAAAGAAAUUUGUCCCUUUCGAAUUGGAUUUAUCCUCUUCCGUAAGUUAAAUUCUCGUCGUCUUUUCGAAACUGAGAUUGAUUUAUAGAGGCCCAAAGAGAUUUAAACUAAGCCCCAUCGUCUCAAUGAAUCCUCGGUAGCUUUAGGUGACUUGGUCGAUACGAGUUUCGAUAUUAAACUGUCGUCAAUACCUUCCUGAAAGUGAAGGGAAGUUUUCCGUUUUACCAAGUUCAUGCACUUAACAUCACGUGCGAUCGAUGCCAGAUCCUUCGAUUAAACUUGAAUUCGUUACUGGUUGAGAUUUCCAAUGGGAGUUCGGCAACCGUCGACAGAUUACCAUAGGAAAAAAUGCGAUUUAUAUAAAAACGAAAAAGUAGCUGGGAACUUGAAAAAAUAAUUCGAGAAUUAGUUCAGAAUUUUUACAUAAGACCUUCUUACGGUGCCUUCACCCUUUAACUCCCAAGGUCUCAUUAGUAAUUUUCCUUACUGUAUGCCAAACGAUUCUCAUUAUGUUAGUUUGGAGAAUUUGGUAUGGAAUCAAUUUGUAAUCAUUCGAUUCAUUCUCGUCACUUGUCUGCAUGAUACUGUAUGGAUAUAGCAAGGAGAAAUUCUGUCUUGGUCACUCAUGGGAGUUAAAGGCUGAACCACGGAGCUGCGUUACAAGCCAGUCCAGCAUACUUAUACGAUUCGCAAUCCGCACUACCUUGAAUAUUCGUCGGAAACGUUCUAAGGGUUUGGGGGGGGGAUAGGAGAGUUUCUAAGAACCUUGCUGAGGGGAGUGGGAGCGCUUGCCUACUCACAUGUAGUUGUGGCCUGAGUUCUACUCCCGAUUCUUUCGAUACAUGUGGAUUGAUUUAGUUGCGGGUUUUUUUUCUUUUGCUCUCGUCAACUUUCUCCCAAUAUUGAUAACAUCAAUAUCAUUUUAGGACUAUCCAGAAGACCUUAGAAUUCAUGUGAAGAAAAUAACCUCGACUCCUCUUGGAGAUGAGAUCGAAAAAAUACGCAACAAGGGACGUCUCAGUGAACACGACCGAGCAAGUAUCAAAUUUCUAAAAGCGGCCAUCCAUUUCAUACCUCUGGCAAAAGAAGAUGGAGCUGAUUUUGAAAAUGUCGCUUUCAUAUUUACCCAUCCAGGCAGGCAGUUUGUUGUUAUCGCAGGAAAGGGUGACUGGGAGUAUUACUUUUCCGAGGACAACAUCGGCGACAUAAAAGGUCAAUGUGUCCGAAGACCCUGGCUGAUGUACUUCUGGAACAAAGUCACAUCUGGUUUUUCUCGUAUCGCCUCGUUAUUGUCUGUUGCUGGAGUAGUCCUCAAGGCCUUAAUGCCUGCUUAAGAGUGAUCCUUUAGAGCUAAAUAUCGGUGUUUUGUCGCAUUUGUUCGUGCAUUUUAGAGCGCAAAACACUCUAGCCAAGGGUACCGGUUUAGUUAAUUUCUUUGCGAUAUGCAGAACGGAAGUUGCCUUCUUAGUUCCCGCUUGAUUGCUAUGUUCUGAAAGCCGCUCUUGUAGAUUAAAUUGUUGAGUGCUGUUAAGUAAAUACAGGGAGAUUUUGGACGAGACCUCGCUUUGAAAAGGCCUCUAUGGAAAAAGAGAGUGUUGUGAUGACAUGCCUACUAUUAGGGUACUUAAGAGCGUGCAUUAGAGCGAGUAAAAGAGAGACAAUUGGGUUAGCUAUAGAAAAUGUAAUACAGAAGAGGAGAACUCAGAGUCUUGGUGUCUCCUGAUUGUGUGGGUCCUCUCAGAAGCUAGUUUCCGCCGUCAUUGUAUCUUUACAGAGGGUUAAACAAUGGACAACUAAAAAAGUUAUCCAGACACCCAACUACGAGACUGUUGAUAAAGUCGAAAUAAAAAUGAAGAAAGUCUUCUAGCAAAAAGGAGGAACGUAAACAUAUUUUUAUAUUGUUUAUUCCACUUUAUUUGAUUAUUCAUUGCAAUAAAUUUGGAGAAAAUCCCUGUAUGCAAUGAUGCAUGGUUCUAAUAUUUUUCUUACUUAACCCUUUAACUCUUAUGAGUGACAAAGACAGAAUUUCUCCUUACUAAAUUAAUGCAAUAUCAAACAGUAGAAUGAUGAGGAAAAAUAUAUAUUAGUUUAUUCAAUACCAAAUUCUCGGAGUUAGCUUCAUAAGAAUUGUAUGGAAUUCAAAACAAAAAAUCGUUUUAGUUGAUUUCCUAUCCUUUGUUACCUUCUGUUCUUUUGACACUGUGUUUUUGAUUUUAACUUUGGUAUAUCAAGAAACGCAAAGUAACUGUGAUAGAGACUCAGAAAAAAAAAGGUGCACAUAUUAAUCAAACGGUGGUGGAGUGUUUGGUGAAACUACGCAUCAUGGCGAAAGAAGUUUUACGAAUUUGGACGCACCCGCGUCAAAUUAUUCCCUAAUUUAACGAGCAUAUUACUGGAUUACAUAUGAAUAUCACAGGUGACGAGUAAGACUUCUGGCCGUUAGGUUUUGGACUGGAAAAUUGUUUAUUAUCUUGAAGAGUCAGAGUGCUCCCAGAAUCGAAUAGAUAGAUACACGUUUAAAGAAAAGUUUUAAACUUCUUGAUUUAUCGGUAAAAAGCC